AUGUCUGGCGUUCGUGUUGCAUGGAUCGGCCUCGGCAACAUUGGCCGGGGCUUGAGCGCCAACAUCGCGCACAAGGGCCCGCAAUCCAGCCUGAUUUUGUAUAACCGCACCACGUCGCGGGCCACGGAACACGCCCAGAAACUCGACGGCAAAGCUACAGUGGCUACCUCGCUGACCGAGGCCGUCCAGGCCUCCGAUCUGAUCUUUAUCUGCGUCGGCGAUGACCCCGCCGUCGACUCGAUCACCGAGACCAUCCUAGCCGACAAAGAGACCGAUCUCUCCACCAAGACUUUCAUCGACUGCUCAACCGUUCACCCGGAUACGUCGCGCCGCACGGAAGCCGCCUACGAGGCCCGUGGCGCCGCCUUCGUCGCAUGCCCGGUGUUCGGCGCCCCCGUCAUGGCAGAUGCGGGCCAGAUGAUCGUCGUGCCGGCAGGCAAGCAGUCCGCCAUCGCCAAGGCGAAGCCGUUCUUCGAAGGCGUCAUUGCAAAGGCCACGAUUGACCUGUCCGACGGUACGGGAGCCGACAUCGACGUCGGCCGCGCCUCCACCCUCAAGGUCCUCGGCAACUCCUUCCUCCUGAACACCGUCGGGGUGCUCGCCGAGACGCUCACUGCUGCGGAAACGGCCGGGCUGGGCACGGGUCCCUUCCGGCAGUGGCUGGAGCUGUUCAACCCGGGGCCGUUCGCUAAGUAUGCGGACCGGAUGAUUAGCGGCGACUACUAUCAGCGGGAGGAGCCAUUGUUUGCGGUAGAUCUGGCGCGGAAGGAUCUGCGGCAUGCGUCGGAUGUGGCGAAGGCGGGUGGGCAGCGUCUGCGGAAUGUUGAGGUGACGGAUCAGUUCUUGCAGGAGCUGAAGGCGGAGAAGGGCGAGAAGGGUGAUAUUGCGGCUGUUUAUGGUGUGGCGAGGAAGAGUGCUGGCAUGAAGUUUGAGAACCAGUGA